UUCAAGAAUUGGAUGAUUGCGUUAUGUGGUUGUGAACAUUGUAGAGGAAAGGUGAUGCUAAAAAAACAAAUUCUAAAAGAAAUGGUAAACGAUAUUCAAGUCAUCCGUAUGGUCGUCAACAAGAUAGAAGGCGACUUGAAAAUUGUAAUGGUAAAAAAAAAUCCUAAAAGAGAUCCUACACAAUAUUCAAAUCAUCAACAUGAUAGAAGGCGACUUGAAAAUUGUAGGUUUUAAUUAAUGUUAAGUUGAAAAUAAUUUAUCUAAUAAAAUUGUAUUUUCAGAUAAUAUGGAUGCUCUGAUAAAAUUUUUUAAAAGUCAGCAAGACAGCCAUGUCAGGCUGUUGGAGUACCAGGCCCGCCUCCUUAUGGAAUGUAUGAG